UGACGUGAUGACGCAACACACAGACUUGUACGUAAGGACGUAAAGACGUAAGGAGUAGCCUCUCUCUCAAAGAUGGCGGUGACCAUAGACAACAGCAACGCCGUGCAGGCGACCAGGAGAAAGCACCUCGGGAUCCCUGAAGCUAUCUUUGUGGAGGAUGUCGACUCUUUUAUGAAGAAGCCAGGCAACGAGACGGCAGAUGGAGCGCUGAGGAAGCUGGAUGAGCAGUACCAGAAAUAUAAAUACAUGGAGCUCAACCUGUCUCAGAAGAAACUCAGGUUGAAAAGCCAGAUCCCACAAAUCACACAGACGCUAGAAAUCCUACGACACAUGCAGAAGAAAAAGGAGACCACAGCGCCCAUGGACACACACUUCCUAUUGGCUGACAAUGUUUACUGCAAGGCCUCAGUGAAGCCCACCGACAAAGUCUGCCUAUGGUUAGGGGCUAACGUCAUGUUAGAGUACGACAUUGAUGAAGCCCAGGCUCUCCUAGAGAAGAACCUAUCCACGGCAUCUCGUAACCUAGAGACACUCGAGGAUGAUCUGGAUUUCCUGCGAGACCAGUUCACCACCACCGAAGUCAACAUGGCACGAGUCUACAACUGGGACGUGAAGCGAAGGAGCAGAGAAAGUCUCCUCAAAUCAGCAGACAAGUCUUAAUAUCGACAGAACGGCGUCAACAUCCCCUUUCUGCUAACUAUCUUCUCCUGAAGUCAAUAAAAAACAAACCCGACCCCCUCCAAGUCAUGUGUAUGUUCACCCCAGAGCUCGGCAGAUAAGAGGGCAUGUUUGAAAUAUUUCUAAAAGUUGCAGUGCGCUUGCAUCGAGAUGAAGUCAAGCACAUUUCAUAAUUCUGUUUUAUUUUGAAUAUGCCUUCUAUUAAAUCGAGCUCAAACUUCCCAAACUAAUGUUUUCUGUUGAUUUGUCACUUUUUAAAAGUAUUUUUUCAAGUAAAAACUAACAAAAAAAACAAAGCAAUGAGGCAAUUUUUGUAUUCUUUUUAAUGAUUUAGGUAUGUUCCUGUUAUCUUUUUGCAGAUUAAUGAGUGAGGGUUCUCUCGCAUCGUCUUUUCUUUCCCUGCAUUUUUCCCUCCUUACUGGCCUGCACUUGUUUAGUUUUUUUCCUCAACCUGCAGCAAACGUUCACAUAAUGUAUGACUUUCUGUUGUAGUUAAUUCUUGAAACGCAUCCAGUUGCCAUGACGCUCUAUAGAAUUAGGCUUGUAGGAUGACAAAGAUCACAACAGAAGAGUACAGAAUAAGACUUCGUUCUGCCUCGUGGCUCCGGUUUUCACUCCAGAGGGAUCAACUGUAGUCUUGCUCCACACCUGCUGCUCCUCCUCCGUCCCUCCUCUUCCUCCUCCUCCUCCUCUUCCUCUUCCUCCCCUUUUAGCCGCUGUUCUGUCUGUAUUUAUUUGUCUCUCACUGUAUUCAUUAAACAAUGAAUGAAGUAAAAGAAGAACAUUUGGGCAAAGAGAUGAGACCUUGA